AUGCCUAACACCACACAAGAUGCCUCCACCCCAUCCACCGGCGACCCCAACCCUCCCACUUUCGCCGCCUUCUCACCGAAUCCCCUAGGCCACGGCGCCCUCAAACAGCGAUCCACCAUCCUCGUCCACCAGAAAUCUCCGCUCCUCGUCGCCACACCUCCACAAAUCACCCGCGCGCUCGCAUAUGCAUACCCGUUCCUCUCCCCGCUGAACCGCGCCGCCGCCCUGCUCUCAUGGACCUCCCCCGAUCCGUGGGAGAGUUUUCUCCUGCUCGCCGCAUUCUGGGCGAUCACUUUAUACGGUGACCACAUCCUACGAUGGGCGGGACCGAUCGUGUUGAUCACCGGCCUGAUCUUCGGAAUGUACCUUCGGCGCUACUCUCCUCUCUCCACGGGAUACACCGGCGCGAAAGGGCAGGGCAGUCGCGCCCGCUCCGAUUCCGACACGCGCCACCACAAGAGCCUCGACGAGAUUCUCGAUACCCUAAACAUCUUCACCUCGCGGUGUAACAUCCUGCUCGAUCCGUUUCUGCGAUUGACGGACUUCCUCUCCACCCAACGAACGGCGACCUCGGCCACCACACGGCCCGCGCUCACGACAUUAUUCAUCCGCCUCCUUCUAAUCACCCCGAUAUGGUUCGGCCUCACCCUUCCGCCACUUUACAUCAUCACCACCAAGCGCAUAAUCCUCUCAGUCGGCACCGUCGCGCUUAGCUGGCAUUCCCGGCCCGCCCGCAUCUCCCGCGUAAUCCUCUGGCGCUCCCGCCUCAUCCGACGGACAUGCACCGCCCUGACCGGUCUCCACUUCAGCAACCCGGAACCAUCCCCCAAAACCACGCAACCUACCGCCGCCAAUUCUACCAAAUCGACCAAAAAAACCGCCAACGACGUUGCCGCGUCGCUGCUCCUCAAACGCGACCCGGCAGCCCCGUCCAUCCGCUUCACGUUCGCCUUGUACGAGAACCAGCGGCGAUGGUUGGGGAUCGGAUGGACGAGCAGCAUGCUGGCGUAUGAGCGGGCGGCGUGGACGGACGAGCAUCUGAACUCGGCACCGAACAAGGACCGGUUCGAGCUGCCGGAGGUGGACGGCGGGCAUGCGGAGUGGCGGUGGGUGGAUCCGGAGUGGCGGGUGGAGAUGAGCUCGGAAGUGAGUCCGCGGCGGCGAAGGGGGGAGAAGGUGGAUGAUGAGGAGGAGAAGGAGGGGUGGAUUUAUUACGAUAAUAAGUGGCGCGAUCCCCGCCGAGGCCGCGACUCCUGGGGCCGCUACACCCGCCGCCGCAAAUGGUGCCGCGACGCCGAACUUGUCGAGAUCACCCCGGCCCCAACACCCACCUCCGGCACUAAACACUCCCGCACCCCAUCCGCGCAAGCAACCUACUCCAGCAUCAGCACCUCGCUCGCCGAGCUCCCUGGCUCCUCCCCCUCCUCCUCAACGCUCGUGAACUCCACGCAGUUCCCGUCCACCGAUGGCGCCGGCGCCGGCUCGAUGACCGGGGCGAGCGUGGGUGGGAGCACAGGGAGUUUAGGCGCGGCGGGGAAUAGCCAUAGCACGCCGGACGCGACGAAGCGGAAGGGGUGGUUUCGGCGGACGAGCCGGGCGGCGAGCGAGAAGACGGGGAGUACGGGGAGUGCGCACGGGACGGGGACGGGGACGGGGAGUAGCGAGCGGAGGGAGAGGGAGGAGGAGGAUGAGGCGGUGCCGAUGGGGAGGAAGACGGUGGAGCAGCCGGGGGAUUGGGGUUAUGGGGAGGAUGUGCGAAUGGCGUUGGGGUAG